AUGGUCCAUUUCUUUCGUCUUAUGCUCAACAAAUAUUCUCCUCCACCGACGACAAGAUCUUUCUUUUCUCCAUCUCCCAUCAUCCCCGCCCUGCCUCGACGCCCCAGCUCCUCUUCACCUCCCUCCCUCUCCUCUCUUCUUCCUCUCCCAUUGACUCCAUCACCGCCUGUGAAGCGUGCUGCUGCUGCUGCUGCUCAGCUUCUUUCCCCGCCUGACCACAGGCCGUACAGUCGACCCUCCGAUUCCGCUCCCUGUCGCUCGCUUCGACGCCGGGGGCCGUCCGCGCAGCCUCCUUGGGUUGGCGGUGUGGCGCGCACCGCCGCAGACAUCACGUCACAUCAGAUGGCUCCUUACCGGCGACGUAAGAUCGGCGCCAGUCGACGGAGACGAGAAGAUGAAGGCGAAGACGAGGGCUCAACUGCCGAGGAGCUCGAGGACGAUUCGCUGAGUGACGGUUCCGUCGUCAGCAACCAGGACGACGACGAUGCGGACGGGGAGGGCAGCGAUGCCAGCGAGGAUGACUCCUCCGUAUCGCCACGAGCCGACAGGACCAACGGACAUGUCAAUGGCGUGCAUGAGGCUGGGGCGGAGAAAGGCAGGUCCCCUUCGCCAGGGAAGCGCGUCGUUGCAUCGACGCUGUCGGAUACGGAAGCGAUGAUGAACGGGAUCAAGAUCUCGGACCAGGAUGGCGAAGUGGCAGAAAUCCAGUUUGAUGACCUAAAGGAGGAGGACCAGGAUGACAACGGUGAGGCCCAGACCGGGAGAACGCCUUCGGAAUCGAAGCGGGAGACCUUUGCAGAACGGAAGCGUCGAGAGCAUGAAGAGUAUAUCAAGGCUCGCGACGAGGAUCCUGCCUUUGUGCCCACACGCGGUGGCUUCUUCCUACACGACAGGAGAUCCACGGAGCCCGAUACGAAUGGCCACCGGCCUUUCAGAAACAGGUCCAAGUCGCGGCCGCACGGGCUGAUCGUUGACGGCAACGUUGGGAGACGCCCUCCCAAGCCUGACGCCAGCGAAGGACAGUGGACUCACGACCUCCACGAAACCGUCGCUGGCGAUGAACGACCCGCUUCCAAGUCCCCUCUCCCGCCGCAGACAAGCGCUCCUUCGAACGCUCCCAGGGCCGUUCCCACGGCGCCUCGGUCUACUCCGCCGAAUCGGUCCUUCUCGACCACCGUCCUGAUCGGGAAUGUCCCGGUCGUGGUCUUCCUGCCAGGGAUGGCGAACCCGGUUUCUUUUGCUGCUGUCCCCAAGCGGCAACACACCCGGCUCCCUCAGCAUCGGCCACCUCUGCGUCGAGACAAGCCGGUCCGAAUCUCACUGCCAGGGUCGCCUCCCCGGUACAUCUUCCCCGCGACCGAACGAUCGUUCAUUUUCAUUCCGCGGGCGCUUCGGCCCAACCAACAGGGUUUCCGGGGACGGGGCCGCGGUGGUUUCUACGGUGGUCGGCGUACUAGUCUCUAUCCGGGACCGGGAUACUCGCCUGGGGUGCCGAUGAGCCGGAGAUCGUCCAUGGGAAGGGUGACUUCGCAGGAAGGAGUCCAUUCGCCAGCGGCAUCGGUGCUCUCGAGACAAACGAUGACGGUGCCAGAGAAUGGCAAGCCCGUGGUGCGUCUUCCGCCCCCUGCUCGACCUCCGGGGCAGGCAUACCAGCCUCCCACCACCAGUGUCGGAUCCAGUGCCGCUUCUGCUGGUUCCGGCGCGCCUCCUCCCUCAGCCCCCGCUACGACAACUACAACCUUCCGCGAGAGUCGUCCUGCUCCGAUCCCGAUGCACCAGCCUCGCCCGCAGAAGGCCGUGUCGGUGGCCGACAUCGAAAGUCCUGCCAGCUUCAACUUCAAUCCUCCGCAGCCGCAGCAGGAGCAACCUUUCCAUCAGCAGGUCCCGAUGCCUGUCACGGGCCCGGCCCACGCUCCUGAUGCGGCUCACUAUCCUCAUGGUCGUCACCCGUCGCACCUCAGCCAGGCGUCGGGAACGCCGAUGUCGCAGGCCAUUCACGCGCAGCCCUUCCAGCCGUACGCGUUCCAGCAGCCUCCCCAGGGGUACUAUCCGGCGGCUUUCCCUCCCGGAACGGUGUUUUAUCCUGUUUCUGGCACGGAAUAUCCGCAGUACGGUGCCCCUGCUGCACCCGGGGCGCCUGUACCCCCGUUUGUCCCUCCGGGGCAG